UUUCAAAUCAAUUGUCUUAAAUAGAUAUAGUUUUCAAUAAAAUUUAAAUGUUAAACAAAUCGGUGAUUAGUGGACAUCGGUGUUGACCACAACUACUACAAGAAAAUGCCGACCAAAACCUUUCUGAAGGACUUAUAUAUCGCCAAAUCAUUGGAACUGUUGACGAAAAAGGCAGAAGAAAGCAACAAAAACAAUGCAAAUACCAAUAGUCUCCUGAAUUCGGCCAACAAGUUGUACUCCGAGGCCAAGCGUUCGCAUAUCGACGGCGACGAAGAACGCGCUUAUAUUCUGUACUAUCGGUACUUUCAAACAAUUAAAACCAUCAAACAGUCCAACGAUUACAAGAAAGAUGAAAAGUAUUACUCGGGACUUAUCGGACUCAACAAACUCAAAGAAGUGGUCGAAACAUUGGAAACGCUGGUCGAAAGUCUUGUUAAACGAUAUAACACACUCAAAGAAAGUCUUGAGAUGAGAGCUAAAGAGAUCAAUGAGUCAAACGCCGUCGUCAACGAUAAUUUGUCCAAUAAAUCAAGUGAUUCAUCAAAAUCAAAGAGUAGUGACACUAAUGAUAGUGACUAUCCAGUGAUCGAUAGCGUAUCACUGGUUGAACACCUGGAAAACAGUUCAGAUAUUAAUAAGAUAUUAAUUAUUGAUAUCAGAAGUGCUGAUGAGUUUAACAAAUCGUCUAUUAGUAUAAAGAAAGUGAAAACUUCAGCCGAUGUUAAUGUUAUUAAUAUUCCCAAUAAUUUAUUAGUGGCCGGAAUGACGGCCGCAAAACUUGACCAACACUUGCCAUUUGGUUCGGAUAAAGAUGUUUUUUCAAGGAGAAGAUCAAUGACUAAAAUUAUUAUUGUCGACAAUCACUCACAAGAAUUGAUUGCUAAGACUCCGAUAUAUUAUUUAAUUGAAGCUAUUUAUAGGUGGGACGCGUCGUCGCUUAAAAUUAAAAACAAACCGUUUAUAUUGAAAGGAGGUUUUAUAGAUUGGACGCUCACAUACCCCAUGCAUACAACAAACCCACAAUACAAACCAAUAACUAGGAGUAUACCUAUUAAUCGAUACCAAAUGAACUUAACCUUUAAUUAUGAAUUAAGUGAAUUGGAAACGGAGAUCAAAAAACCAGAAAAUACUAAUUUAGUGAAUACUGUGACCGAUAACAAUGCAGAUAAUAAAUCAGAUAUUUCUGCUAAUUGUAUUAAUAAUAUAUUUAAUUCCAAACCAACUAAUAUGGCCGUUCCGGGAACAGCUAAGCCAGUGAUUCCCGAUCGGUCAACUAAACCAAAAUUACAAACAGAAACCAUAGCUGAUGUAAUGAAUACUACCGGUAAUGCUAUAAAAGAUGAUUUUGAAAAAAUAAAACUCAGAAAACAGAAUGAGAUCAGCGAAGAAAUGAUAUCAACUAUAAGACAACAAUAUGAAGAAACCAUUGAAAGCUUUCAAAAAGAUAUUGAAAGUAAAGACAAAGAGAACACGCAUUUGCGCCAAACUGUCAUUAAAUUAAUGCCUCAAAAACCAUCCCAUUUGGUUAACAAUAGUAAGAACAAAGAAAGUCCAGUGGUUAACAUCAAUGGUAAUAUCAAUACUUCUAACAAAAGGAAUGGCUUUUAUCUAAAAGUUGAUGAAUCCGGAGAUGAAAAUAAAGAAAAUACUGAAACACAUGAUAUGGAUAGCUCUACAAUUGACGAUGAUAUGAAUGGAAAGCCUAUUCCAACAAUUAACAGAUCAAUGAACCGGUCGUCGAAUAGUUUGUCAGUGAGUUCAAGUCUAUCCCGUUCCCUGUCGUCACCAAAUAUGCUUGAGUUGAUCGCUAAAGAAACAAACGGUAAUUUGACUGAUGAUAUGGGAAUUGAAUCAAAAGAAGUGUCGUCUCCACACUUCGAUCGUUCACUUAAACCAAUGUUUAGUAUUGAGAAAUACAAUUUCCAAGAACUUGAUAACAAACAGCGAGACUUUAGUGCCGUCCGUAGACUCGCCGGUCCUUCGAUUACUGGACUUAGAAAUCUUGGAAAUACCUGUUUCUCUAACGCUGUCAUACAAUGCUUGUUAAAUACAACAGAGUUUUCUUCAUUUUUCAACGGAAAGUUUAAUAUAAAUAAAAACUCCAAAUUUGGUUCAAAUGGUGAACUGGUUAUAGAAUUGGCAGCACUUUUCAGACAAAUGGCUUUUCCUUCUCCAUACAAGUCUUUGGCCGCUAAAGACUUCAAGAACGCAGUUUGUAAGCACUUUCAAGGCUUCAUUCCGGGCCAACAACAGGACGCUCACGAAUUUCUGGUCAAACUCCUUGAGAAACUACAUGAAGACCUAAAUGAGUCUACUAUUAGGGAUAUCGAUACAAACAUAUCGGAAGAUCUCAGCUUACAAGUGGCGGCCAACAAGUUCUGGAAAAAUCAUUUGAGAAAAAAUAAAUCAAUUAUCACUGACCUCUUUGAAGGAUUUAUUGUAAACUCACUCAUGUGUUUAACCUGUCAUAAGACUUCCAACACAUUUGAAGUAUUUAGCUGUUUGUCAUUACCAUUAGGUAAUCAUAAGACAACUUUAAAUGAUUGUAUCCGUCAAUACUUCAAACCGGAACGUAUGUCGGGUGAGGCCGCCUGGGAGUGUCCGACAUGCAAACAGAAGAGAGAAGCAGACAAAAAGAUACUUCUCUGGAAACUACCGAAAGUAUUAAUAAUUCAUUUGAAGAGAUUUUCAUAUGAAGGCCGUUGGAAACUAUCGACUUAUGUUGAGUUCCCCAUCGAUGAACUACAGAUCCAAACCAGUCAAUCAAGCGUACAGUCCCGCUAUAAUCUGUACGGUGUUGUCAAUCAUUCGGGAACUCUUGAGUGCGGACACUAUACGGCAUAUUCACAAAACCUAAGUAAAUACAAAUGGCAUAAAUUUGAUGACCAGGAGAUCACACAAAUUAAUGUAACGGAGAUUAAGUCUCAAUCGGCUUACAUAUUGUUUUAUCGAUGUGUAUAA